UCAUGACGCUGCUGGGAACGUGCCGGGUCGGCGCAUGCGCGGCUCCCUGGAAGGUUCCAGCAACGAGAAGCCGGUGACGCCAUGGCCAGUUACAUCCAUGUCCCUCUUGCGGCGCCCGCUGUCCCUAGGCUUCACAUCACCGUGGAUCAACAGGACAUGGCAACUGGCUCUUUGCGGCUCAUGAAAGAACUGAGGCCGCGAUGGGACCCGGCUCAGGUCAGACUGAAGGUGUUCACAGAUGGUAUUACAAACAAACUUGUUGCUUGUUAUGUUGGUGAUUCAUUAGACGAUGUUGUUUUGGUGAGGGUGUAUGGCAACAAGACCGAGUUGUUUGUUGAUCGCGAAAAUGAAGUGAAGAGCUUUCACGUCCUGCAUGCUCAUGGCUGUGCGCCACAGCUGUACUGCACCUUUCAGAAUGGGCUGUGUUAUAAAUUUAUGGAAGGCGUUGCAUUGGAUCCAAAACAUGUCAGGAAUCCAUCCAUUUUCAGGCUUAUAACCAGACAACUAGCAAAGAUUCAUUCGAUUCAUGCACAUAAUGGCUGGAUUCCCAAGCCAAAUCUAUGGUCAAAGCUGGAAAAAUACUUCAGUCUUGUUACCACCGAAUUUGCAGAUGAAUGUUUGCAUGCAAGGUUCAUGAUGCAAGUCCCUCGUCUUCAUGAGCUUGAACAGGAAUUGGCGUGGAUGAGGGAACACCUGUCUAGCCUUGGCUCCCCAGUAGUGCUGUGCCACAAUGAUUUAUUGUGUAAAAAUAUUAUCUAUAAUGAAAUACAAGGUUGCGUAAGAUUCAUUGAUUAUGAAUAUGCAGGCUAUAACUACCAGGCUUUUGAUAUUGGGAACCAUUUCAAUGAAUUUGCAGGUGUAAAUGAAGUUGAUUACAGUUUGUACCCAGACAAAAAUGUCCAAUUGCAGUGGUUGAAAUGCUAUCUUGAAGCUUUGAAAGAGUAUAAAGGAAAUACUGCAGAAGUAACUGAUAAGGAAGUGGAAGUACUUUAUUUACAAGUUAAUGUAUUUGCACUGGCUUCCCAUUUCUUCUGGGGUCUUUGGGCAUUGAUCCAGGCCAGGUAUUCGACAAUUGACUUUGAUUUUUUGGGGUAUGCAUCUGUGCGAUUCUGCCAAUAUUUCAAAAUGAAGCCAGAAGUUACAAACCUAAAACUUCCUGAAUGACAGCAGUUUUACCAUUACUGAAGAACAGAAAACAGGCUGAAUGAAUUGAGUAUGUUACAAAGUACUGUCAGUACUGGCAUUCUAUUGUUUUCUAGAACACCAUGUCAUUAAAUUAAAACUAGAUAACAUUCAGCCAAAAAUUAUGGUUUAUGGCAUACUUUAGUAAUUUGACACUAAUUAUGCCACUUAAUCAUUCUUGAAGGCAAUAUUGGUAAUGAUAUUCUACAUUUCUAGUGGAAACCACCAUUUCACUGCAACUAAAAAUUUUCUUUGUCUACAUUUCCACUGCCACUAACUGUGCUGAGGCAAAACCGUGAAGCAAUUACAUGCUUCAACAGAUUGUGAAAAUCUUCACCAGUGCUGCCGUGCCUUGCACAAAAGCCCUGAUCAUGGCUGGGCAUGGUUUCUUCUUCCAGCUAGUGCUUUAAGUAUUGUAAGAUCUAAGAUCUAAAGGUACAGGGGGAAAGAAUGUUCUCAGUGAGUAAUAGUGUUGGUGUUUCUGUUAUUGGAAAAAUUGAUUUAAAUACUCAGAUGUUAGCUGGCUCAAGCCCCUAACCUUUGGUGGUGUAAUUUGCACACGUAGCUGCUAGAGUUAUUUUUGGAUGACUCUUGUGUCCCAGCAGCAGCUGAGGUAAUAUGCGGAUCUUCUAACCCAUCAAGAAUUGAAUAUAGGAGGAUACAUGUCAGGGAUAUUUUGUAAGAGUAUUUGCAUUUAUCUAUUUUUAAAAAAGUUGGACAUGCUCAACAAGUCAAGCAGCAUCUGUGGAGAGAGAAAAGGCUAAUGUUUCAGCUCAGUGGUCUUUACUCAAAACUAAUUUGGUUACAAACAAAUUCCAUUUACUGUCUCCAUUUCCCACCUUGUCUUCCAAUUUAGCAUUUUUUUUAACUUUCUCCCAUCUUCAACUAUCUUGUUGAUCUAUGUUGGCCCCUGGUCCUGGAACACUUCAACAUUAAAAUAUUUUGAGAAUU